AUGGAGGCCCGGCUCGCAGCCAUCACCGCCGAGUCCGACGCCAAAGCCAAGGGCGAUCAGUACCGGGCGGUGCUGGAGGACAUCAUAGCAUCUGGCCAACAAGACCAGGCCAUCGCAUUCAUCGAUCAUGUGCUAUCGGACUCUGUGCCCCUCCUCCUCAGCCGGCAGCUGCUCUCCCUGCUGGCCUCCAGCAUCUCCAGGCUCCCCUCUGACUGCCAGGAGGACGUGGCCCGGCAUGCCCUGGACCGGCUGCAGCCGCGCGCAGUGAGCCACGAGGAGCAGAUCACCGCCCUGCGGGAGCAGCUGGCGCUGGUGUACGAGCGACGCGAGCUUUGGUCCCAGGCCGCCCAGGCCCUGGCUGGCAUCGACCUGGACAGCGGCGUGCGCCUGCUGGACGGCGAGUACCGGCUGGAGAAGAAUGUGAGGAUAGCGCGGCUGUAUCUAGAGGACGACGACCCAGUGGCGGCGGAGACCUACAUCAAAAAGGCCUCCUCCCUCGUGGCGGCCAUCAAGAACGAGGCGCUGGAGCUGCAGUACCGCACCUGCUACGCCCGCAUCCUGGACUCCAAGCGCCGCUUCCUGGAGGCCGGCACCCGCUACUACGAGCUGUCGCUGGCGGGCGGGGGCGGCCCCUCGCGACCCCGGGUGAGUGCCUUUGCUGCUGGGCUGGCGCCUCACCAGCUGGCAACCUUGCCAGACGGCUCGACAGUCCUGGACCGGGCCGUCAUGGAGCACAACCUGGAGAGCGUGUCAAAGCUCUACACCUCCAUCAAGGCAAGCAGAGAGAUAGAAGAACUGGGGCGGCUGCUGGGCGUCACGCCCAAGGCUGCUGAGAAGGCGGCGGCCCGCAUGAUCCUGGAGAAUCGGCUGUCUGCCACCCUAGACCAGGUUUCGGACCUCGUCAGGUUUGGGGGGGGGCCGGACGCCUCCUCUGCCCGGGAUGCCGCCCUGCGCUCGGCGUGCCUGGCUGCAGACAAGCUCGUGAUGCUCAUGGCUGCCAGGGGACUCUGUGCCGCGCCCACCAGCUGA